UAUAUUAUCAUAGUUGAGUUAGGCACUGGCAGGACGACUCGUAUCACGAAAUACUCUAAUAAUAUGAUUUCCGAAACAAGUGACUUUAUAAACACUUUAAAUUUGAUAUAGUGUCAGUUCUAAGUGAAGUGAAUUGUGAAUUAGGAAAAAAAGACUAAAACAUAAAAAUGAAAUUUUUAAUUGUGAUGAAAUUAGUACUAUUUUUCUCGUCGAAUAAUUUUGUCCUCGGUCUCACGUCAGAAGAAAUUACUGAAGUGACAGAAACGUGCUGCACACAUGGCGAGACGUUUGCACUGACGUCAUCGAGCAAGGAUUGUUCUGGUGUGGGCCUACCUGACGAUUUGGACCCGGAGCACAAGGAAAUCUGCCUCUCAUCUGUCACGAGCUGUUGCGAGCAGCAGUUCCAACUAAAUGACGAAUGUGCUGCUGGAAUAAAAUUAGCAGCUUUAAAGCAAUGUAUGGUUCCAAAAAGUGAUAUUGGGAAGACAUGUUGCGAAGAAUGUAAAAUUGGUAGACUGACUGGCGAGUCACAAGGGAAGAUGGGAUGUGGGGAACUAAGUGAUGACUUCUUUAGUCCCGCCAGUGCAUUGAGGAAGAAGGCCUACUAUCAAUGUUGCAUGGAUGCUUCAGAAGAACUAGAGACGACAACAGAAAAGAAAGAAACAACUACAACUGAAAAACCUAAAGAGAAAUGUAAGGCUAAUUCUUGUGAUCAUAUUUGUACGGAUGACGAUGGCAAGUUGCGGUGUGAUUGCCGAGAAGGCUUUAGACUUCAACCCGAUAAAAAGUCGUGUAAAGAUAUAAACGAAUGCGCUGAAGCUAUAGAUGAUCUCUGUACGGCUAAAGACACGGUCUGCCAUAACACUGAAGGUUCAUUUAAGUGCGUUCCUCUAAAGAAAAGAGAUGUCAGUUUGAGUUGUCCUCCUGGAUUUAAACGGAAUGUAAUCAAUCAAGUUUGUGAUGAUAUUAAUGAAUGUCGUCUCCCAAAGCCGCCUUGUCCAAAAUAUUUGUGUGAGAAUACGAUAGGUGGUUACAAAUGCGCUGGGAAGCCUGGGAAACCUUUCAGUGAGGAUGCUACUAAACCUACUCCAGAAUCCGGUGCAGCUACAACAUCACGCGCUAAGGUUGACAUUUGUCCUAUAGGAUUCAGAGCUGGUCCUGACGAUGAGUGUUUAGACAUCGAUGAGUGCGAGGAGACUUUGGACGACUGCCAGCGAUUAUCCCAGCACUGCAUUAAUUCUCACGGAAGCUAUUUCUGCCAGGAUCAUGUUUCAAAACGAUGCGCACCUGGCUUCAAGGUUAAUUCGGUCACCGGUAUUUGUGAAGAUAUUGACGAAUGUGAGGAAAGUUUAGAGGUUUGCAAAAGAAAUGAGGUGUGUAUCAAUCUGCCCGGGGCGUAUAACUGCAAAUCUAAGAUCAGCACAUUACCAAAAUUAGCGACUAAAACAUGUCAAGAAGGAACACGUGUUCGCCCUGGUGGAACUAUUUGUGAAGACAUUGACGAAUGCCGCGAAGGAUCACACUUAUGUGACCAGUUUCAAAAUUGUAUUAACACAUUCGGAGGACAUGAAUGUCGCUGCAAAAAUGGCUUUGAGUUAGACUCUACAUCAGGAUCCUGCGUUGAUGUCGACGAAUGCGCUAUGAAACUAGACAACUGUGCAGCUGGACACCAUUGUUUGAAUGUUUUGGGUUCUUUCACGUGUACGCGACGACCCAUAACCACUAGCACCACAACAGCACUACCAGCUUAUGAAUACGAAUAUUACGAUUUUGAGGAAGAAACUACAGAAACAUCUACAUCUACUACCUCUUCUACUACAACACCGAGACCGACUACAACAAGCACUACAACACUACGACCAACUACUACGAGUACAACAACGACUACAACACUACGACCAACUACCACUAGUACAACAAGUACUACAACACCACGGCCAACUACUACUAGUACAACUACAACAUUAAGACCAAACCCGCCUCCCAGAAGAUAUCCUCACUAUCCGAGACCGAGCUUUCGAAGAACUACAACACCUGUUCCACCGUAUAGAAGGCCAGAUUACUAUCCAAGAAGACCAGUAAUUCCAUUGUCUCCAACAGAGAUAACAGUCAACAAAUCGAGAGAUCCAGUUACAAUAGAAAAAGAAAAACAACCGGACGGUAGUUAUUCUGUCAAUACAAGCGACAUACCCAAAGAAACAUGGACUGUAGUUACUGGUAAAGAGAGUACUGAUGAUUUCGAUCCAAACCGACUACAUUGUCUUAAUGGUUAUGAGAGAAAUGAACGCGGAGAAUGCGUUGAUAUCAAUGAAUGUAGAAGUAAUAGGAACAUCUGUGGAGUAUCAGAAGUUUGUAUCAAUAGUCCUGGCGGCUACAAAUGCGAGUGCAAACUUGGUUACAGCAUCGACGAUUUUGGAAAGUGUGUUUUCAUAACACCUCCAACUACUCGCAAGCCUACUACGACUACAGAACGGACAACUCCUCGUGUUGAUUCAACAGCGUCUACUCCAGCAAGAACUCCAGACUGGUUACCAUGGGCUCCUGGCCGUAAUAAUCCAACACAAAAUUGUGAAUUAGGACACAUUUACAGCAGCACUCAAAAGAAAUGUAUUGAUAUUGACGAAUGUGCGACUGGUAGAGCAAGCUGUGCGCCCGAGGAAGAUUGCAUUAACACAGACGGUGGCUACAGUUGCGUUUGCGGUCUGCGCUGCAGGGCCAACUCAGCUACACCUACUUAUACCUACAGAGAGACUCCACCACCUUACACGCCGGAUUCAACAAUUAUAACAGUCGGGGCACAGUACGGCCAAAGAGGAACCCACUACAUGAGGCCAACGUACACGCGUUUGCAAGAGACGGGCUCGGUGGUGACCACUUGCCCAUGGGGCUACAAACUCACUCCAGAUAGAGUAUGUGUUGAUAUUGACGAAUGUGAACGCAACGUUUCCGAAUGUGGACCGCAACAGCGUUGUGAAAACUUUUACGGAGGAUAUUCUUGUCAGUGUCCGCCCGGACACAGGAACAUUGGCAAGGACUGUGAAGAUAUUGACGAAUGCAGUUAUGGCAAUAUAUGUUCGUACAACGCUCGCUGCGUGAACACAAUUGGUUCGUACCGGUGCGAAUGUUCGGACGGGUUCCGUAACGCUCCAACCAAUGACAAGGUGUGUGUGGAUGUAGAUGAGUGCGUCGAUACGCCUUCACUUUGCGAACACAGCUGUGCCAACGCCUGGGGGGGCUACCGGUGCUAUUGCAAUCGAGGAUAUAGGCUGAAUAAUGAUAACAGGACGUGUGUGGACAUAGACGAAUGUGAAGAGUGGGGUCGCGCUCGGUCCCGUGGUCGGCUGUGCGGUGGUCGUUGUGUCAACGCGCCCGGCUCCUACCGCUGCGACUGUCCACAAGGAUACCGCCUCGGGGAAGACAAGCGAACGUGCAUAGAUAUCGAUGAAUGCGAGUCGGGUGAGGCGCGCUGUGGGCAAGGGGAUGGCGAAGUGUGCCAGAACACUCGUGGCGGGUAUCACUGUCAUCAUAUUGACUGUCCACCCGGCUAUCAGCUUGAAGGAAAACACAAAUGUACGCGUAUCCAGCGUUCAUGUCCAAUAUCAGAUUGGGGAUGUCUCCAUCAGCCCAGCACCUACAGUUACAAUUUUAUCACUUUUGUAUCCAAACUAUUUCUACCAAUGGGCAGAGUGGACCUAUUUUCAAUGCAAGGGCCAGGCUGGCUCGACUCGGUGGUCAAUUUCGAAAUGCGUCUACUGAACGUGAAAGCGGCGCCCGGUGUCGAGCCUGCGGAUAUCAGUUGUUUUGGCAUGCGACCCACAGCUAACGUCUGCGUGGUAUCCCUCCAAUGUUCCCUCGCCGGGCCGCAGGUGGCGGAGCUUGAGCUAACGAUGUCUCUUUACCAACGCGCACAGUACGCCGGCAGCGCUGUAGCGAGGCUCAUAGUUAUUGUAUCCGAAUAUGAAUACUAGUUAAGGAAAUACAUGUACAGUUUUUAACAAUAAAUCAUAAUUUAAAUAAUAUUCGAUUAAUUUUUAAUUUCUCUUGCUAAUUUGAAACGUUUUAGAUAAAAAUGUAGACGUACUUACCAAAUUGCUUAAAAUAAUUUUUAGAGAUUAGAAUAUUGUAAUUGUAUUUAAAAAUGAAAAUAUGUGGCAUCUUUUGGCUGAUACCAUUAAUAAAUAUAAUGGCGAUACCAUUCAAUAUUUAAUUUACUUAGGUAAUUACGUGAAAUUACCAGCUGUGCUUCUUUAAGAGCAAAACAAUAUAUAUUUAAAGAUACGAUACCGACAGUAGAAUGUUUUUUGUACCUACUAAUAUUUAAAAACUCCCAUUGAUAUAUCUAUGUAAUUAAUUUUGUAAAUAUAAAUUUUUAGAAGAAAGCCAUGAAGCAUGUUUUAAGCACACUCAACUAUUGCGCGAUUGAGAUGUUAAUUAAUAUAUUAUUAGAUAAAAAUUCAGCUAUUGAUCCCUAUUCGACGAUUUUCAUUAUAAUUAGCUGUACUUGUAAAAAAUGUUUUAAUUCAAAGUCAAAAAUCUUUAUUCAAUAUAGAAGCGUAAAACUUAUUAGUUGUCGUAAAUCUACCUAAUUAAGGGUUGAAUGAGAGGUUGAAGAAUUUUGUUCGAAAAAAUUUAAGGUUUUAUACAAACGUUAUGUACGGUUAGAUAUUAAAAUGACAUAUUUGAUAAAGCAGUUUUAAGGAUGUAUGAAAAAUCGUACCUAGCAUGAUGAAAUGAAACAGAUGAAACUUAAUCUACUUUAAGAUUACUUAAUUUUAUUGUAUUAGAAUAUUUCAAUUUCAUAAUGUAAAUUAAUAUUUAUUGUUACAACGUUAUAAUAAAUUUUUACAAAAACCAA